AGCCCACCGCCUGACCCUCCUUGGACUCCGGGCCGGGAAGGAAUUAACACCUUGAAUGGCCAAGGAGGCCCUCCCCAGUCAGGCACCCUGCCUGGGCUUUCUCCUCUGCAGCCUCCUUUGUUCCUUCAUCCAAUUCGACUGGUAUCUGAGGUCACCUACUAGGCACCAGGCAGGCAUGAGGAGGGAAACGUAGAAGCGUGGGUGGUAUAGAGCCAGCCAGAGGCCUCAGCCAGACUCCAGUGGCGUAGAGAUCAGGGAGUAGCUAAGGGGGUGGGAAGGUAUGGAAAUUAGCCUGAGCGGGGAGGGGCCCUGCGGUGUUCCAACAGUGAAGUCCUCAGAUGCUUGCUGCCUCCUGGUGGCACACGGUUGCCCUGCAGCUUGGACCACGUGAUUUCUGAGAAGCGGCCCUGCCUGGAGGAGAACUGAAACUUAGGGUGGGGACUGUAGGAAGGGGCGGAGAAAUCAGGACUCUUCCUGUACGGCUGCUGAGUCGAGGGCAGCUAGCUGCAUCCUGGGACCCCAGCGAGCCGCGCAGGAUGGCAUCAGGCAGGGCACGCUGCACCCGAAAGCUGCGGAACUGGGUGGUAGAGCAAGUGGAGAGCGGGCAGUUCCCCGGGGUGUGCUGGGAGGAUGCCGCCAAGACCAUGUUCCGGAUCCCCUGGAAGCACGCGGGCAAGCAGGACUUCCGGGAGGACCAGGACGCCGCUUUCUUCAAGGCAUGGGCGAUGUUUAAGGGGAAGUACAAGGAAGGGGACACAGAAGGCCCUGCCAUCUGGAAGACACGUCUGCGCUGUGCCCUCAACAAGAGUCCUGAAUUUGAGGAGGUUCCUGAGAGCGGCCACAGGGAUGGCGCUGAGCCCUACAAGGUGUACCGGCUGCUGCCACCAUCAGGGACCUGUCCCGCCCAGCCAGGGACCCAGAAGUCACCAUCAAAGCGAUGUCACAGUUCUGUGUCCUCUGAGAAGGAAGAGGAGGAGGGCACCACAAAGAACUGUAUGCUCAGUCCCUCCUGGCUUGAGGACCCCCUCAGAAAUGAGGAGGUGGGGGCCAAUGGGGGAACAGGCCAUUCAAACUUUGGGAGCAGCAGCAGCAGCAGCAACAGCCCUGAGCCUCAGGAAGGUGCGGACACAACUGAAGGCGCCCCUUUCCAAGGAGAUCAGGUGUCAUUGGAGUUUCUGCCUCCUCCAGACUCAGACUACUCUCUGCUGCUCACCUUCAUCUAUGGCGGGCGUGUGGUGGGAGAAGCCCAGGUGCAGAGCCUGGACUGCCGCCUGGUGGCUGAGCCCUCAGGCUCCCAGUGCGGAAUGGAGCAGGUGGUCUUUCCCAAGCCUGACCCAAGGGAGCCUACUCAGCGCCUGCUGAGCCAGAUCGAGAGGGGAGUCCUGGUAGCCAGCAACUCCCGGGGCCUCUUCGUGCAGCGCCUCUGCCCUAUCCCUGUCUCCUGGAACGCGCCCCAGGCACCGCCCGGUCCAGGCCCACAUCUGCUGCCCAGCAAUGAGUGCGUGGAGCUCUUCCGAACCACCUACUUCUGCAGAGACUUGGCCAGGUACUUCCAGGGCCUCGGGCCCCCACCCAAGUUCCAGGUGACACUGAAUUUCUGGGAGGAGAGCCCCAGCCCCAGCCAUACCCCAAACCCAAAGAGUCUUAUCACAGUGCAGAUGGAGCAGGCCUUUGCCCGACAUUUGCUGGAGGAGACUCCAGAGGAACAGGCAGCCUCUCUGUACCUGCUGCAGAGCCUGGGGGCCCCACUUUCCUCCUUGCCUCUCUCUUCCUCCUAUCUCCUUUGAAGGAGACUCAUUCUCCACACCGUUGACCUGCCUCCCUCGUGCUAAUUCUCAGUGGUUGCCUCUGAUGGAUACAUCCUUGAACUGCCGAGGUACCUGGCU